ACAAUGUUGUGUUAGUUUCUGCUGUACAGCAAAGUGAGUCUGUUAUACAUAUACAUAUAUCCACUCUUUUUUAGUUUCUGUUCCCAUAUAGGUCAUUACAGAGUACUGAAUAGAGUUCCCUGUGCUAUACAGUAGGUUCUUAUUAGUUAUCUAUUUUAUAUGUAAUAGUGUGUAUACAUAUAAAAAUAUAAUUAGGCACUUAAAAAUAAAAGGAAGACAUGCAAAUAGCCAAUAGGCAUAUAUUCAUAGAUACAUAUACUUUACAUUUAUAUAUAUAACAUAUCCAUAAAUAUAUUUUUGCCAUUUUCUCCCAUUGGACUGUCUUUUUAUUUUUGAAGUGUAAAAAUUCUUUAAUCUGUAUAUAAGUUCUUUGCCAGAUAUUGAUAUUGCAAACAUUUUCCAAGUUUGUUGAUUUUCUUAAUUUUGAUUUUUAUUCAGCAGAAAUUUCCCUUUCCUCUGUGGUUGUCACUGCCUUGUCAGGGUUGGGUUCUGACCCCUAGUCGUUGGAGUAGAGGCCGUCAGAUCUGUUUCUUCGCUGUGUUUCUGAUCUGCGGUGUGAGGUCGGGAGGACUGGAGCACUCCCACUGGGAUAGAAGCCAUUGAGUAUUCCUCCUCUGGAGGUGUUCACCUGUGGGUAUGCUCUGUUUUGUCCCCUUUCGCCCAUUGUGUGGGCUUACAAAGUACACGGCUGUUGGUACUGCUCUCAGUCCCACCUUAACCAUGGUUAUGCCGGCAACUGGCCCUGGUGACUCAGGCAUCCUUUUCACCAGGCCACUGGCCCAGAUCCACUGAGGUCAGGUCCCAGGACUGCAGUAAUGAUGUACCUGGACCCACUAUGUGAGAUACGGCGGCAGCUCAGACUCUGGCCUGGCCAAACCCCAGCAUGUAUGUGCCCACAAAACCCACAGCUGCUAAAGCCAGACCUGUCUCAGCUGCAGGAGCACUUGUCCAUUGGGAUGUUCCCAGGUGCUGAAUUUAGGAAGCCAUCAGAGGAAGGGUAAUGCCAUGAUUUGCACAGCCAUGAGGAGAGAUUUCAGCUCUUCUUCCUUAGUUGCAUGUCCCCUGGAACUCAGCUGUGGUUUCAGCCCCAUCUCUGCAUGUGGGCCACCCACUGGCGUCUGCUCCCAAGGCUGCUGGAGCACACGAGCUUGUCAGGCAGGAGGAUGUAGAAGCGGCAAUCAGGGCAGGCAGGCUGCCCAGGUGAGAGGGUGCUGGGUGGCUAUGGGAUGUACGAGCCUGUCAGGCAGGAGGGAGUCAAGGUGGCAAGCUGGGCAAAUGGGCCACCCAAGCAGGAGAGUGCUGAGGUGAUGAUGGCUGGGGGCAUGUGAGCCACUCUGGCAGGAGCCCUUCCUAGUGCCUGUGGAGGCAGGGGCCGGUGUGUGAGGAGAGAGGCUGCAAUGGGGGCCCCACCCUUUGUGCAUCACUCAGCAGUGGCACUUUGCUUCUAUGCUGGUCUGGGCUUCCUCCAGGAGCAUUCCUUGUUGUGGAGCUCCUCGCUCCUAUCCCCUUGAGCUGUCUCCUCACAGCCAACAUCAUUCCCCUUCCUGGGUCUGCUCUUCAAACCCCACAUUCCAACACUCAGCCCCCGUGUGCACCAGUGGUCACCAGUGGCUGGGGCAUGCAGAGCUGUGGCCAGACCAUCUGUGUAGGCCUCACUCUCUCCUGCCUGCCACAGACUGGCUGCUGCACUGUUCUCUGAGCCACCAAAUUUCUCCUUCUGCCCCAGCUUCUCUCCCCGCUGCUUCCCCAGAUGCGGGAACCUCUUCUCACCUUCAGCUCCCGCUCCCCCGCCCAGGGUCACAGGUCACGUCCCACUUCAUCUGCUCUUCCUUUUCCCUUCUUCUUUCUUUCGUCCUACCUGGUUAUGUGGGGAUCUUUCUUGUCCUUUCAGGUGCCUGAGGCCCUCUGCUAGUGUUUAUCAGGCGCUCUGGGAGAAUUGUUCCAUUGUAGAUGUUUUCUUGAUGCAUUUGUGGGGAGAUAUGAACUCUACAUCUUCCUACUCCUCCGUCUUCUUGACUGACUAAUCAGCAGUUUGAGUUUUAAAAGGCCACUUUUUCCCCUUUUUUAACCUUGGUUUCAGGUUCUACCUAAUUUAGCUAAUUAGGCUCAGUCUCAGGUCAUUGUGGUCUGUAUUUACAUUUCUGAUUUGUACCAAUUUGCAAGACAAAGACAGUUGCUUUUAAUUCCCCAAAGAACUGGCCUGUCACCUAAAUAUAUUGAAAGAUUGAUUUGCCCCACUACGUUUUCUUUAAUUUGCUUUUCUGUAUCAGUGAGAAGAUUUCCAACUAGACUGAAAUUUCAGAAUUCUAUAGUCUAGAACUUUAUGGUUUAAUUUAUCAUACCUUCAAAACUUGCAUAAGGCAUUCAACAAAGACCCUCUUUCUGAGUGCACAGAUUAGACCCAGAGUAAAGUCUCCAUUCUUUAUUUUUAUUAUCCCUUAAAUAUUAGCUGUCACUUUUUACUUUAUAUUGUAUAGGCUCAGGUAAUCCCACUGGUUUCCUUUAGUAUGUUUAAUUAAUAUUUCCUUCAUAUGCCGUCUUAUAAUAUCAAACAGGGGAAGAAUUCCCCAGUGAAACAUGUCUAUCCCACACAAUAUAAUUAGGCAAAAGAGAGGUAAUUAUCUUAUACAAUGCCCACUUAAACAUACCAAUUUUUAUAAAGACUCUGGGGUCCCCAGAGAGUGGUUGAGCCAAGGGACUCAGGCACUUUUGUCAACCUUUUAACUUGAUUAAUUGGUCUAACUUUUGCCCCAAGUAAUUGUUGGUCAGGUAUCUCAGUGUAAUUUUACAUGUAUAAAAUUUACAUGUAAUAAAAUAUACGUAUUUUAAACUGGGGUAAAUAGGGCAGACUUGUUUGGGUCUGGCCCUUUAAUGUUGAUGACAAGUAGGAGAUCCCUUUGGCCCAUCCAAUCUUAGGUAGUAUUGUAUCCAAUCUUUGAUUUAUCUCAUUAAUGUCUGUUUUAUUUAUCCCACUUUAAAAUAACCAUCUAAAGAUUUCUUAUUCAUUUAGGAGAAGUCCCUUUAAAAUUUUCACCUUGUUGGGAAAAAGUUUUUAGACUUUUCCUUCAGUUUUUUUCCCUGUUACUUAACCUAAUUAACAAUAAUUAUUCUAAUGUUUUUAUUAGCAUCUGUAAGACCCAUUUAGGGGAAGCAGAGACCACAAAUAAGGUCUCCCCAACCAAUUUUUUGGGUUUGUUUGAAACUAAAGGAGUUUUUAGGUUAACCAUUAUAUGUCUAAUUUCCCACAUUUCCCCCCCAUAGGAGCCAAUGAAACAGCUGUUUAUAAUGAGAGCUCUCUAAAAAUUUACCAAUUUAGAAGUUUCUCCAAUUUGAAGGAUCCAUGAUCUGCCCAUAAAUGAGGUAUACCUUAAUAGUGACUCAAACCAAUAAGACGCAAGAGGCUUCCCCACAAAAGAGUGUAAAGGAUGCUGUCUAAAUAAGAUCCAGAAAGUUUACUCCCAAAAGUAGUUUAAGAAAGUAAUGGUCUUUGUUGUACAGGCUGACACAAUGAAGGUUAGGAUGGCAAAAAGCCCCCGAGAGUUGUACAGUCAGACAAAAGCCUGCUCAGAAUCCCAGUCUAUUUGACUGGCUGCCAAAUGUACACCAUAUAAGUACUUUUGGAUGGUAGUGACCAAGUUCUCAACACACACACACACACACACACACACACACACUGAAGAAUAUCAGAACACUUACAUUUCAAAGACACAGGAAGAGAAAUGCAAGUUUCCCCUAGAAAGCCUUUUGUUUUUUUGAAGUCAGAAUUCUGAAAAGAUGUUUUUAUCAAGCCAGCUUUUUCUAACUUAACUGCAUAUGCAAUAAAAGAGUCCUAUCUUAGUCAUUUUUAGGGCAAGAUUUUCUUUAAGUCCCAAGUAAGUAAGCACUUGUAAAUGUAAAUUUUUUAUGUACAUAAACCUGGCCAGGAUAUCCGUUGGAGGCUGGAAAUCUGUUGUUCCUUUUUCUUUUGUAUUGAAAGCUAAGUUCCCCAUUCUGAGUUCAAUUUGUGAAGAUCACUUUUAUUUUGACAAACUCUAUUAAAGUAGCCAAUUCAAGGAAGACAGGUUAGUCUUCCACCUAAUUACCCAGUCCAACUUUUACUCAGUGUCUUUCACCUGAGCAAAGUCUCCCCAGUCUUUCAACUGAGGAUAAACCACGCAGUGUCUAAACUGAGCAAGAUCUUCCCAGUGUCUUUUAAGUGAGGCUAACCCACUUGAGCAAAAGUCUUCCCAGUGUUUUUCUACUGAGGAUAAGCUCUCAGUGUUUAAACUGAGUAAAAAUCUUCCCAGUGUCUUUCACUGAGGAUGACCCAGGUACUUCUUCUUGAAACCAAGUUUCAAGGAUAACCUACUACUCAAGAGAAGAGUUUAACACCACUGAAUAAAACUUAGGAUCAUCAACCAAAACUGGAGAUCCAAGAACCAGGAGAUACUCACCCAAAUUCGUCUGGACACUCUGAGAAAGCGGACAGGCCCAAGAAGCCUCUGCUUGGUGCCGGGACUCUGGAUCCUCAUAGAGUUCAGGCAAAGAAGAAAAGUCUGCUCUGGGCCCCUUCAUUGGUUGCCAAGACUGCUGACUGAAAAAUAUGCACAACCCAAAAGGAGAAUUAUGUUUUAUUUGGCAGAUUUUCUGAGGACUUAAGCCCAGAACACAGCCUGUCAGAUCACUCUGAGGAACUGCUCAGAAGACCUAAGGGAGGCGUCAACAAAAACCAGGUAGUCAGAACAUCAAAAGAUUACUAUUAAUUAAAGAAAACUAGACAUCUCAAGUUAAGGACUUUAGCACUUUUCUAUGUAUGAGAAGAUGAAAGAGUCUGGGCUCCGUGAAAUCAUUCCUUUGAUAUGCACCUUAACUCUAGAAUCAGUACCCUGUUUUUCUCCAUCCCGAAUCCCCUCAAGGUGAACAGUUGAGGGUUCCUGCUUUGACGUCUGACUUGAUGACUGCAACAUCCUUUGUCUACUGAUAUGGCAGGGAACAUUUUUCAUCCACGGCAUCAAGUAGAGCUGAAGGGGAGGAGCAGGAGUAGGAAGAAAAGUGGAUCUUUGAAAGCUUGCAGAGAUUGCCUGGAAGAACUGGAGGGGACUCACAACCUGGUUUCACUUCGGCAAAGCUGCCUGGGGAGGCUUCCUGGCAAGGACAACUUUCAUCAGCUCUCAUGUCAAGACCCUCCUGGUGAGGCGUGCAAAGCAGUGCCUGCUGGAGCCUGUGGAAGAUACUGCUCGAAGGGUUGGGAACCCUGCAUGAACACCUCCUGUAGGGUUUCCUUCCUUGAUCCAGACACUCGAGAGGUGCUGGAAGCACAUAUUAUAAGGUUUGGGGUAAAGCACAGGUGGACCCUACCCCUCAAGGUCCUCAAGGCCAUAAAUGUCUUUAAGUUGAAAAAGUUCCAACCCUCCACCGUUCUGCAGUUUGCCUCUUCCCCUGCAGCUACCUGUGUGUCUGGGUCCCACUCAACAGUCCAGUUUGCUGAGUUCCUGGAGAAACCUCCUCAGGCUCAUUCAGGAGAGAAGGUGAUAACAGAAGAGUCAGUUCCUACCCUGAAGAGGCCUCUCCUUGUCCCCUCAACUGUGUGUAAGGAAAUCCAGAGUGCCCUGGGAGCGAUUCCAUCUGGUGACUACCAUGGGCCCUCAAAGGCUUCUCUGACUGGACAGGAGGGCAGGCCACCUUCUCAGUCCCUCACACUCAGCCUUGUGGGCAGAACCUGGAAGAGUGAGACUGUGGAAUGGGUCAAGAGGGACAGCCUAGAGCCAGGUCCAAGUUCAGCAAUGGUCAGGAAUGAGCCAAGAGAGGAGAGUGGUGGUCAGGCCUCAGGAGACCCCUGCCAUAGGGUAACAGUGAUGGAGGUGAACUUAGGAUCCCAGUCUUUGAGAGGUGAAGAGGCCAGGGAGGCUGUGGAGGCCAAGCAGUCUCCUGCUCUUCAACCACAGUCUCGUGUUAUCUUGGAAACCAAAGUGUUGACAAAAUCCCAAACCACAAAUGUACAUAUGAGGAGUUUAGAGGUGCCAGGGGCCAGUAAAAGUUUCCUACUACCUAGAAUGUCUGUUUUCCAACAUCCAGGUGAGCCAUGCCUUAACAUGGAGGUUGCUAGUGAGUUUAACUCCAAAGUAAAGGUACAGUCAGACAACCAGCUUCAGGACUUUCCCAAACACAGGUUCCUUGCUGCAGACAACUUGGCUUCUCAGGUGCCUCAGUGCCAUCCCCAGAGAGUCCUCACCAGAGACAGGUUAGCUUCCCAGGAGCCAAGUGGCCUUAUGGAAGCCCAAAGGAGCAACCUAGGGCAGCAGGAGCCCAAAACUUCAAAACUCCAAGACUCAUGGAAGAGCCAGAGCAAGAUGAUUGCCCCUACUUACAAAAGAGAGGACUGUAGGAGGCAUAAACCAGGAGAGCAUGAAGAAAGGUUUAAAGAAUUAGGGACCUCUCAAGCUGGAAGUAUGAGCCGCCCUGCCCAGGUCAGGGGAAUAACAGACUCUAUUGGGAGCAGAUGUCUCCAGCGCAUGCCAGAGAAGAAACAUAGCCCUCCAGAAAGCCUCUUCAGAAAAAGGAUGAUGCUAUUUUUAAAGUGGAUUUUCCCCAAGAAAAAAGUCAAUGGUCGAGAUGCUCUGCAAAAAAAAAAGCCCAUAUCAGCCACUGCCCAGAGUCACGGAUCAGUCAAAAGCAGAUCAACCUUGAAGAGUGAGACUGCUGAGGGUCGGGCAGGCAUGACAGCUGUUGGACAGAUCCUAGAAGAAAAAAGAGCGAUUCACCAUGGACUUCAUGCCACAAAGUUAAAUGGACACAAACUGGAGUUCCAAGUCCCAGUAUGUGGGCGUUUCUGCUGCCACAGGCUUACCUCCUACCCAGAGCAACGGAGAAUGAUGGGUUCUACAGCCUGCAGUCAUAAAGCCACCUCCAAGGGCCAGAGUUGUUCUAUCAGGGAAAGGGAAGUCAGACACCAACAUAGUUUGAAAAGUGUAAGGUUCGAAGAUGAGCAGCUGGGCCUAAGGUGCCUCCCAUCCUUGCCCCCCAAGAAGGGUUUGUUUCCAGUUAGUACCUGCCAGUAUGGGCCAAGGAUUCCAGGUGCCCCGGCCCGCCAUCAACACUGUCCAAGGCAUUGUCAUCUUUGGGGAGGUGUCUUGCCUGGUCGACAGUAAAAUCCUUCUUUAGUCUUCCCUUUAGUAGGAAAACAUGUCUCCAAGUAAAAAUUCAGUCCAUGUAGAGAAAAUGAUUUUCUCAUUAGCACAUCCAAGAUAUUUAAUGUUCCCCAAUACAUAUAUGUAUAUAUUUUCUAAUAAAAGCAUAGUGUAAUGGC